AUGGGUUGUACCAUGUCACAGGAGGAGCGUGCCGCUCUCGAAAGAUCCAGGUUCGUUUUUUGUUUGUUUGUGGGAGCGCAAGCUUCCCGCCUUUUCCCGCGAAUUCACGAAGUUAAAAAUUUUUGGGAUUUUUUAUUUUUUUUUAGAAAAAUUCUGAAUUGGGCCAGAAUUUUAACAAUAAGCGAACUUUUUUUCCAAAAAUCUCAAAUUCAGAAAAUUUGGGAACCUUUAAAACCCCUAGAAAAUCUACAGGCUCAAUUUUUAACUUAGAAUUUAAAGUUUCAAAUUUUCUGGAUGGAGCUGAAAUUCCACGAUGUUCUGAAAAUUUCCAGAACCUCAAAAACCCUCCAACUGUAUACUUUUGAUCAAAUUUCAUCUUUUUCGAUUUUUCCCUUUCAAAUUGUUUACAAAAAUAUUUUCAGCUCCGAUAUCUAAACAAUUUUUUUUAUUAAAAAAUUUCCAGUCACAUGAAAAUACAUUGAUUUUUUCUCCCGAAAUUUUCGAGGGCUCGAAAAUUCAUUCAUGUGUUUUUCGCUGUGAGCCGAGCUGCAAAUGAGAAAAUACUUGAGAGCAGCCGAAAAUCUGUGAGCACACAGAUGUUUUUAAAUAUGCGCUCCAGAUGUUUAUACCUUGGAAAAAAUCAUGAGGGCUUGAUAUUUAGAAAAAAAAUAAAAAUAAAAAAUUCGCGAGGAGGAGGAUUCGAACCUGGGUGUCGCGCCUCACAGCAAAAGAGUCUACCACUGAGCCAUGCGCGAUUUUCGAAAUUACGAUGAAAAACAAACCAAUCUUUAGAAACGUUUUUGAGUUUAGGAGGGGAAUUUUGAAAUUUGAAACUGAAUGUCUAAAUUCUAAUUUUCAGAAUGAUCGAGAAGAAUCUGAAAGAAGACGGCAUGCAAGCGGCAAAAGAUAUCAAAUUGCUUCUUCUUGGUGCUGGAGAAUCUGGUAAAUCCACAAUUGUCAAACAAAUGAAGUGAGUUUUUAUGUUAAAUUUUGACAAAAAACUUUUUUCGAGCUUAGAAAAAGUUUCCAACAUAAUAAUUACACUUUCCCGAACAAUUAAAAUAUUACUUUUCUUAAAAUUUCAGAAAUCAAAGAUAAGAAAAGUAAUAUUUUAAUUGUCUGCGAAAGUGUACAUAAUUAGUAUGUCUGGAACUUUUUUCUGUAGCUAUGGGAGGUGAAAAAACUCUGAUUUCAUAGCGUUGUUCAAGGGGUGGGUUAAGAAAAUUCGCUAAUUUUGAGAAAAAUUUCGAUUUUUAUCUGGGAUAUUCCCUGGUCGAAAAAAUAUGUCCAAGUAAAAAAAUUCCAAAAAUUGGCGAAUUUACUAACAAAACCUCUGCGAAUCACUAUGAUAUCAAAAUUCGAAAAUUAUCCCAGUGGAAAAAUUUUCAGCACUUGAAAAGUCAUCUCUCAGUAUCAGUGACAUAGCCUAAGUUCAUCUCAAAAAAUAUCUAUCUCGAAAUUUUGCAGAAUUAUUCACGAGUCUGGAUUCACCGCCGAAGACUACAAACAAUACAAACCGGUCGUAUAUAGUAAUACUGUUCAGUCGUUGGUUGCCAUUUUACGAGCAAUGACUAAUUUAGGAGUUUCUUUUGGAUCAUCUGACAGAGAGGCGAGUUUUCGAGAUUUUUUUUUGAAAUUAUUUUGAAAUACGAAAAAAUAUAUAGUGGAGUGAAAAUUGUUUAAUAGAUUUUUUGAAACCUAUUUUUUCGGGGUAAUUGUUUCAAUUACAUUUUUUUUAUUUUUUGAGCGAAUGAGUUGUAAUAUCGGCAACAUUUGGACUAAAUCACUUAUAGGUAACGUAAAAUCACGAAAGAUUAAAUCAUUCAAAUUGUCUUAACCUUUCUAUCCUAUGAAUACACUUAAACCUAUAAUUUCAAGCUCAAAAAAUUACAAAAAUCUCCAUCCAAACCCUAAAAUUUCCAAUUCUCAAAUUUGCAGGUAGACGCAAAAUUAGUAAUGGAUGUAGUUGCCCGAAUGGAAGACACUGAACCGUUUUCCGAAGAAUUGUUGAGCUCAAUGAAACGAUUGUGGUCGGAUAAUGGAGUUCAGGAUUGUUUUUCGCGUAGUAACGAGUAUCAGCUCAAUGAUUCAGCCAAAUAGUGAGUUUUGCCUCUAUUUUAUCUCAAUUUUCAAUCAGGGAACUGGACUUUUUCCACCGGAAUACCCAAUUUAUGGGGUUUUUUCUGUGAAAAUAAAAAAAACACAAAAAAGUGAAAUUUUUUGUGUGAAAUGCGUCAAUCACGCGUGUGUUUGCGCAUUUUUUGUGCAUUUUCAAAAAAAAAAUUAUUAUUUUUUCAGUUUCCUUGAUGAUUUGGAGCGGUUAGGAGAAGCAUCAUAUCAGCCAACAGAGCAAGAUAUUUUGCGAACUCGUGUUAAAACGACUGGUAUUGUUGAAGUUCACUUUACAUUCAAAAAUCUCAACUUUAAGUGAGUUUUUUUCGGGACUUCACGCCGUCCACACAAAAAAACCGUCGCGAAAUUUAAUUUGUAGUGCAGAAUGUUCGCUCUGUUGCACAGAGCGGCGACACAUUUGUGUGUUUUAUGGAUACGGAGUUUCAUUUUUUUUUGCAUUCUGAAUAAAUUUAUCUCGACGGGUCGGGACGUCAAGAAAAUCUCACCGUGAUAUUUCUUACAUUGAUGAGAAAUAGGUUUUAUGGUAGAUUUUGACUCGUUGGGUCAAAUUUGAAUUUGAGGAAUGACGUGGCAAAGUUUACAAUUGCUUCAAAUUGUUUUUCAUGAAAAUCUAGUUAAUAAAAUAAAUGAACGUCAAAGAAAACCGAUGGAAAAAGUAGAUCACAAAAUCUAAAAAAAAUAUUUCUUGCAAAAUUUUCGCCACGGAAAUACAGAACAAAAACACCAGCGCGCUUCGAGACCCGUUUUGUGUAUUUCUUUUGGAGUUUUUUUCAAAAAAAACUUUUGUGCAAUAUGGCUCUUUCAUGUUUUUUUGAAGCUCUAAAAAAUUUUAAUUGUAAAACUUUACCACGUCAUAACUAAUUUUCAUAGUUGAGCUUGGCAGUUUUUUACACCAUGAUUGUAAUUAACACAUUAAAAUCAACUAGACAUAAUUUAUUUCAUCAAAAAAUAUCCCAAGCCCCCAUUCUAAACAUCAAUAUUUUGUAGAUUAUUCGAUGUCGGAGGUCAACGAUCAGAACGUAAAAAAUGGAUUCAUUGUUUCGAAGAUGUGACAGCAAUCAUUUUCUGCGUUGCAAUGUCCGAAUAUGAUCAAGUGUUACACGAAGACGAAACAACGAAUCGAAUGCACGAAUCAUUGAAAUUGUUCGACUCGAUUUGCAACAACAAAUGGUUCACCGACACAUCGAUUAUUCUAUUUUUGAAUAAAAAAGAUUUGUUCGAGGAGAAGAUCAAGAAAAGUCCGCUGACAAUUUGUUUCCCCGAAUAUUCGGGACGACAGGAUUAUCAUGAAGCUUCGGCUUAUAUUCAAGCACAAUUUGAGGCCAAAAAUAAGUCGGCGAAUAAGGUGAGCGCCUUUUUUGAAAAAAUAAGAAACGUUUGGGGAAAACCAAUACUUGCAUUUUUUGACAAUGUGUCAUUUGUGACAAAUUUUUGGGAGAAACAAAAGAGGAAUGGGAAUUUUUCUAGGCUUGAAGUUGUAGGGAACUGGGCUUUUUUGAACCUUAGUUUUUUUGAAAAAAUUUUGAACUUUUUUUUAUCUCUGAAAUAUGAAUAAGCUAAAUUUUUAUUAAGAAAUUUUUCGAACUUGACGCCAAAAAAGAUAUUUUUUUAAAUUUAAAAAUUUUCUGAAAAUUUGAAAUUUAGAGAAUUUUCAAAUUUUUUAAAUUCUGAGAUUUAUGAAUAAAAUAUGAGUUUUCAAGAUCACCACAGAAUUUACAACUCUGAAAAUUUCAAAUGUUUUUUUUUCCAAGAUCUGAAAAAUUAACAAAAAUCCACCUAAACUCAAAAUUGUUUGCAGGAAAUCUACUGCCAUAUGACAUGCGCCACCGACACAACAAAUAUUCAAUUUGUGUUCGACGCAGUCACUGACGUCAUCAUUGCCAACAAUCUUCGUGGUUGCGGUUUAUACUAA